CAAUGACCUUUCGUCAGCCACCAUUCGCGAAAUCGGUAAGGCCAUAUUACAGUGAUUACAGCUUUGGCGCGGAUAGUCUUCUGGAACGGGAUUUAUUGGUCACCUUGACUAUCUAUCACCGAUAGGAAUGAUGUAACAUGCUUCAAGUUUGCAUCUAAAGAUUGCCUCUGUGUAGAUUUGUUCAAAAGUCUAUUACUACUCGUAAAAGACAGGACUAUUAUCUUCGGAUUGUGUACAUUCUCAUUAGACAUGGAUAUAGCACGGCAACACAGGUUGUAUCAGGAUCGAUAUAACAAGAUGGACGUGAGGCGAGCAGCGUUCAUGGACGUGAUGGGCGGUGAUAAGGGCGUCCUUGUCUAUCUCAAGAGAGCACCGCAAACACAGGUCCGUAAGCGCAGUAAAGCAGCUCUGGGUGAUAUGCAGGAAGGGGACAUCCUCCUCGCGGCCAAUGGCGUCAACUGCCAGUACCUGAGCCACUCAGAGGCAAUGGAGACCAUUGAUAACAGCGGAGACAGACUCGUACUAGAAAUAAUCAGGAUGCCGGGAGGAGACCCUCAAGCCCAACCACCACAACAGUCACAAGGAAUGGUAUUCAACGGGGGCGCGCAGCAGAAUUACGCUCAGCAAAGAAGCACACGGACGACCGUCCAGCAGAGAUAUGGCCCCGCUGGCGUCAAGGAAACCCGGACGGAGACCAUGACGACUCAGGGCCCGUACGGUGGACCGCAGACGACAUCGGUCAGGCGGGAAGAACGAAGCUACGGCGGUGGCCCAGUGUUACAACAAGUCGGCAACAACUUCCAACAACCUUCCCAGUUUCAACCACAGCCUUCCCAAUAUCAAAAUCCGACAUCACAGUUUCAGGCACCGACAUCACAGUCAGGAUUCAGCGGAGGACAGCCAUCGUUUGGUGGUAACCAGCCUUCCGGUGGCGGUGGAGGGGUACCAAUGUUCAAGGUCAAGGAUGUCAAAGGUCAACAGCAGCAGUUUGGGCCGUCUGUAGUAGGCAAACAUGUUGACGACCGUGGUGCAAUAACUCUGAACAUUGCCAUGAGUGGUCAAACGGAGAAGGAGAACAUCUCUCCUCAGUUCCAACCUACUCAAUACGAGCAGCAACAGGAGUUCGGGAAACCACAACAAUGGCAGCCGCAACAGGAAUACUACGAGCCUCAGCAAGAGUUACCUGGCCAUGACAUGAUGGAAGGCCCACCACCACCGGUUCCGCUUUGGGAGGGCCACCAACCGGGCCCACGGCAGCAGGAAGAACCCAUGCGACCCUAUGAAGAAAUGGAUAGUGGUAAUAAUCACUACGACGAGCAAUAUUUCGAACACGGGAUGGAACCGGAGACGUAUGAUGUGGCCACGCCGAAACUGAUGCCUGCCACGCCAGGAAUGAAGCCUGUUUCUCUUUCGAAACUGUUGCAGGAAUCAUUUGAUGAAACGCCACCAGAAUCCCCCUCCAGGCUAAGAAAGACACUCGUUCACAGUCCUUUCUUUAAGAUGAUCUUGGAUCCAUCUAUAGACUACACCACCGCCUCGAAAAAAGUAUACUCAGAUUCAGCAUUUUUCGAAGACUCUUUGCAAAGCUUCCCCACAGUUGAAGAGCAAAUCAAGCUGGCCCGAUCAGUGGCGAAUGUUCUCACCACGGAGGCCGCCAUGCAGAACUCCAGAGGAGCUAAAAUGUUCACCAAACGAAAAGAGAGAGCUGAGAAAUGGAUUCAUGAAAACGAACUCGAGGGCGAGCCGGGGGUGGCGGCACCUAACAAAAACAUAUCAUCGCAGCCUGCGGGGCAGCCCAAGCAUAAGAUGUACAAGUGUAUCGAUCCUGACGAACCAGUCCGGGCACCCACAUGGAAACCCACACCGCCGCCGCCACCGGCCCUCUUGCCGAAGACAAAAGACGACUAUGGCCCAACCAAGUUGCCUUCAACGAAGAACGUCAUCACGCCGGAACAACUUGAACAGAUCAAGCUCCGAGCACCAAAGUCGCAACAUAAUUCCGUUGCGCCCGAGAAAUGCUUCAGCUUAGCUGCAGCACUUCAUGCCUCGAAAGGACGGGGUGGACAGAUCUUUGCCAAACGUCGAGCCAAGUCAGAAAGCUGGGUCGUUGACGAAGAUAACGUGAAGAAAGCACCUCCGAAACCGCAGGUUGAUCUUUCGGCGGUAUCUCAAGCGCGGGCGGGGUUGAAGAAGACACCGAAGCCCUCGAAGACACCUUGGCAAGCGGCCAUGGAGCAUCCACACGGUGAUGUCGACCCGGCUUUUGAACAUUUAGCUUCCAACAAGAGGCACACGAUAGGCAGUGAUGUGUUUGAUAGCUUAACACGGAAGCAGGGAUGGCCAGAUCCCGCCCUACCCAACAGCAAAACGAAACUAGCCGCAGAGAAAAAAGAAGGUCCCGACUUCAAAAAUUUUAACCGAAAAGCGCGAGGUUGGGGAGGUGGUGACAACGAUAAUGAAAGAUGGUCGACUUCAAGUGUAAAUAGUGAGGACUCUGGGUCAAGGAAAGCUGAUACUCUGCCUAGGUCGGUCUCCUUCAAGAUGGAGGACGACGCCCGGUCGACGCCCACGUUUAGCCCUAAUAGAUUACAGUUUGAUUCGAGCAGAGGACGGAUGCAGCCACAGAUACCCCAUGGUGCUACACCUCCGCGUAUGGCUUUCCCUGUAGGGGGCGCUUCGAAGGGUGCUACUGACCUUUAGGUUUGCGGGCCAUCGUGUCAACAAGGACAGUCUCGUUCAGAGGACUAUCAUCUCCGUCAUCAGUAUUAGUGUGGCAUGAACUUGUGUGGUCUCCAAAUAAGGAACAGUUUUAUAUGCGGGACACGAGGUUGGAUUAUUUGACAUCAUUCACUCAUCCGAAAUAUGUGGUUGGAUAUUCUGCUGAGCAGACGAGGCGUGUUGUUGGGGGUUUGAUAGAUUUGAUUCUGUAAAUAAGUGUACUAUAAGGAUUGCUGAGACGAUUUCGUAAGAUUGUGUAUAGAUUCAUUAGUUAAAGGUAAAUCUCUUGCUACAACUACGUAAAUACUAGUUUACAAAUAGCAUGCAGAAAUGCCUUCAAUGGAGUGGGGUUUUGAUAUUUGCCCGCGGGACUAGUCGUAUAUCUAUUUUACAGGAGCUGUUUAUAAUUCAUGAUGGAUAAUUGAUACUGAUUAACUUACGGUGAUGUUCAGCGGAGUGCUUUCUUAGAGAAAAAAUAUAAAAAUAUGCUUCAAUUGAUAAAAUGUUGCCGGAUAUCAAAGCAACGAGGAAUGUUCACUGACCACGCUUACGUAAUCUUCUCCAAUCAAAUGCUUCAAAAUCAUGACGUCACAAAAGGAUUAAUUAUGUCGGUAAAUUGUAAAACACGAUGGAUUUCGUGAAGACGCUAUGUGGGUUUAUACCUUUGUUCAUUAGAUGACGAGUGCUGUCCAGAAGGGGUCGCAGGGCCUGUUGUGACCAAGUGGUACGAGUGUCAUGAGUGUGGUGUUUUGUGUUAGAAUAUCAUGGGGUGGUUGGAUAGGUAGAUGGGGGAGGGAGGGGGGAUACGUGUGCUUACCACUCCCUGGAUAAAAGGCUAUUCCCUAUAUUUGUAGUACGACCAAAAACAAAAAAAAAGAAAGCAUAAUAACACAAGGAUACACCAAGCUCUGCAUCAAGAAGCAGAUACACUUUGCUUGUAUCCCGUGAUUUUGUCUUGCGAUACGACGAGGAUGAACACACAAGGUUCACUCGGCAUAAGCUUGCAAUUUGGCAAUAUAUAUAAAUAACUAUUAAAACAACAUUAAACGUUAUUUUUGAGCACAA